GCCAUUCCUGUACGAGAGAAGGUCGAGCGGAACCGACCGCUCGAAGGCAACCACUUGGUCGCGCAUGGCUUCAGACCAUCGACUGGCAUCGUCGAAGCGAGGACACCUCGCCCACAUGCGGUACAUGCUGUUCGCCAUGGUGGUGGGGUUUCUGGUCGUGUUGUUCGUUGGCCGACAUCUUGUGCGUCUCGAGAGCGCCAUCGACCCCACGGAAACGUUUCGCCGGACAUCGCGGGAGACGGCGGCGCUGUUUGACCAUCGCAACGUACACUACAUCACAGUCGCCGACGACACCCGACCGGUACCGCGACCAUUGUGUGUGUGUGAUGGCGUGGUCGUGCAACUCGAAGCUGUAGGAGAUUUGCUUGACCGCGUCCUCGAUCUUUAUCUUGUCGCAAGGAGAGCUCGAAGUCCUCGCAUGGGACGACAGCGCGACGUUUUUCGACGGCACGUCGCCAAAGCCCCCAGUCAACGCGACCAACGUGGACACCCUCCACGCCGUGCGGAUGGGCCAGGCCAAAAAGAUCGACUGGAUCGCGCACUACGUGACCCACCACCCGAACCUCCAUGACGACGACAUCAUCGUGUACACGGACGCAUGGGACGUGGUGAUUCAAACCGACAUGAGCGCGGUGGGGUCGAUCCUCCGCCGGAUGACGGGUGGCCAACGCGGUCUGCUCUUCAACUCGGAGCCGAGUUGCGGCGACUCGUUCGAGCUGCCGGGCGAGUACGGCGAGUACUUGCGGUCGGCGUCGUUUGACGUGCACUUGUCCGUCGCGGACAAGCACGUGCGGUCCGUAACAGGGCGCGACAUUUGCCGGCAGAUGCUGAUCAAGUCAUCGAUGCACUCGGCCAUGGGUGGGCCGAACUGGAGCCUCGGGUCCGGAGGAAUCGUCGGCGACGUGUGGACGUUCCGGCAGUUCAUGGCGCGGGUCGUCCAAGUGACCACCGAACAGAUCGAGCGGGCUCGAGCCGACCCGACCGUGCCGGUGUUUGAGGGGGACCAGAUCUCGUUCCAGCUGGCGUAUCUCAGAUCUCCCGAGCUGAACGUGCUGGUCGACACCCGCAGCGAAGUGUUUUUGGUCACGUCGUUCAUGACGUUGCCAGGGGCAGUCGACCACUACGAUAUCGACCACGGGUGCUCGGCCACGUCGUUUUUCCGCGGCGGCGUGCCGUCCAAGCUGCGCUGGUUCAACCACACGCCGAUGAUUCUGCAUUUCCCAGGCGACUACAAGCACUUGUACGAUCGAUGCGCCGACAACGUGAAGGCGGUCUUGAAAGCCGCGGCCCCUGGCAAGUUUAUGUGGGACGUUGAUCGGAAUACGUCGAUACCCGUCCACGACGUUUGCUACGAUUACACGUAAUGGACUGGUAUCAUGUGGCUCC